UUACAUCGAAGAUCUCACCAAGAAUCUGGUUAAAGCUCAAGAUUGACACACGCAUCAAAACUAUCCUUUGGUGCUUUUAAGGUUUAAGAAUGAUUGUGAUUACCUUUUUUAAACACAACUGUCCAAUUACCUUUCUGAGUUUACAUUGUAAACGUUGCAAAAGGUGAAUAGCGUAUCAUUUCUCGUUACAACCGUUGAUUUGUAGUUACAGAGAUUUCGAUAGUAUUGGAAAGAACAUCGAUAUAACAGUUGAGGAACAUAAAUGCAUAAUAAAUGCAUUCAGUAAAGGUUUGAUGUGUUUGUAUGUUAUCAUUUCAGGUCAUCUCUUUAAAGUUUCUUGUUUUUACCCUAAAUUCAUUUACACACCAGUUUAAAUGACGAUGCUCCAUGAGAAUGAAUUGAUUAACAUCGAGGAGGAUAUGAUCCUCCAGCCAGGUUUUAUGUUGCGAAGAUUUACCUUGAACAAUCGGAUUAACGGUCUCAAAGUGUCCAUUGUGAACACUGGUGCUGCUGUCCGUAACAUACAAUUAGGUGAAAAAAAUGAAAUUGUGAGACUUUUCGGAAAUAAUAAUUUGAUUGACUGGAAUCCUCAUGUAUUGGGCUUAGAUACUCUUUUGCUUAACUCUAAUUCCAAUUCGCUAAUGUAUCAACUCACCACUGAAAAUGAAUUGAUUACUAUUGGUAAAUUUCGAACCGCUCAACAACAGGCAGACAUUGUGGCUCCAUUUUAUUUCAAUCUUAACUCUGACUCUGACUGUAUUGAUGGACACCUCCUCCAUGUAAAAGCUGUUUCAGCUGAUCCAGAAUCUGAACAAACACCUUGGUUAAGCCCUGUCACUGAACAGUUUGUUGAUAUAAUGGGACCCGAACCAAGAAGUUUAGAAGGCUGUGCUGAUCUUCAAAGCAAUAGUUAUGACAGUAUUUACGCAGCAACCGGUGAUAAAUUUACACAGCUUAUCGUGAGGCUGUCUUAUGGAACGAAAUCAGUUGAAGUGAUAAUUAAAAGCAACUCCCAGGCAAAUGUAAUGAUGGACAAUAAUACCAACACUAUCACCUGUCGAACACGAUUAAGGAUAAGACGAAGUGGCAUCAGCAUAAUGCCUUAUAUGAUGUCAGAAUAUCAUUGUGUGUACAAGUUUUCAUGGUAAAAGGUUCUUUUGACCUUUUGACCUAACGAAGAAACCUUUUUUUUAAUUAUAUUGACAAAUACCAAAUCAUAGAGCCAAUAUUCCAUAAUUUCAAUCAGACACAUCAUAAUCAAUUAUAUCAAGUAUGUUGACUGAAACUACAGAUUAAAGAUUUUCUUUUUGAGUGGCCUAACAAUCUUUAUUUACUGAAGUUUUAUUCCUUAUUAGCUUUGAUAUUAAUGAACCAGCAAUCAACUCACUUUGAAGGAUAAAGAGAUAAAUGCACUUAUUCAAUUAAAUUUUCUCUAUUCCUGAAUUCAUUAAAGUUUUUUUAAUUGA